AAAACGGUCGUAAACGUAAACGCACAUGCGAAGGAAAUGAAAAAUGUUUCUAUCCUGACUCUUACACUCCCACUACUACCCCCACUCUCUUUUAUUUUUGUCUCAAUGCAAUUAUUUUUUAGAAGCAGACAACCACCCACCGCUUCGUUACUCUAUUUCACACCCUUUGUAUAAGCUGACAUUAAAAGCAUCACUUGUUAAAGCCAGCAUCAUAUAAUUUCAUUUCCCAUUCUACUCACUCACACACACACACACUCUCUUUCCAUGGGUCCGUUUCGUAAACCCUUCCUUGCAUUUCUCUCGGUUGUUCUAUUUCUGGGUCUCUAUGAGGCAGCAGCAGAACAGACUCAGACUCACAAGAGUACUUACAUUGUACACGUGGCGAAAUCGGAGAUGCCCGAGAGCUUCGAGCACCACGCUGUGUGGUAUGAGUCGUCACUGAAGACCGUGUCUGACUCGGCGGAGAUGAUUUACACCUACGACAACGCCAUCCACGGCUACGCGACGAGAUUAACCGCUGAGGAAGCGCGUUUGCUCCAGCGCCAAACGGGGAUUCUGGCUGUUUUGCCGGAGACGAGGUACGAGCUUUUCACGACGCGAACGCCUUUGUUUCUCGGACUUGACAAGAGCGCCGACUUGUUCCCCGAGUCGAGUUCGGGAAGUGACGUCAUCGUCGGAGUCCUCGACACCGGCGUCUGGCCGGAGAGCAAGAGCUUCGACGACACCGGACUCGGACCCGUUCCGAGCACGUGGAAAGGCGCGUGCGAGACGGGAACGAAUUUCACCGCGUCGAACUGCAACAGAAAGUUGAUCGGAGCAAGAUUCUUUGCUAAAGGUGUAGAAGCCAUGCUUGGUCCAAUUAACGAAACCGAGGAGUCCAGAUCCGCGCGCGACGACGACGGCCACGGCACCCACACGUCCAGCACCGCCGCUGGAUCAGUUGUUUCCGGCGCGAGCCUCCUCGGUUACGCCUCCGGAACAGCGCGUGGGAUGGCCACGCGCGCUAGAGUUGCUGCAUACAAGGUAUGCUGGAAAGGAGGGUGUUUCAGCUCUGACAUUCUUGCCGCAAUUGAAAGGGCAAUAUUGGACAACGUGAAUGUUCUUUCUUUAUCUCUCGGUGGUGGCAUUUCUGAUUAUUACAGAGACAGUGUCGCUAUUGGAGCUUUUUCAGCGAUGGAGAAAGGGAUUUUGGUUUCAUGCUCCGCUGGGAACUCGGGUCCGGGUCCCUACAGUCUCUCCAAUGUGGCUCCAUGGAUCACUACCGUAGGCGCUGGUACACUGGAUCGUGACUUCCCCGCAUACGUGGCGCUCGGAAAUGGACUCAACUUCUCCGGCGUUUCGCUUUACCGCGGUAACGCUUUGCCGGAUUCUUCUUUGCCUUUGGUUUAUGCAGGGAAUGUGAGUAAUGGUGCUAUGAAUGGGAACUUGUGUAUCACGGGAACGUUGUCUCCUGAGAAAGUUGCUGGGAAGAUCGUGUUGUGUGACCGUGGGUUGACCGCUAGGGUUCAGAAAGGCUCGGUGGUGAAAUCCGCCGGAGCGUUGGGGAUGGUGCUGUCCAACACCGCCGCUAACGGCGAGGAGCUAGUGGCGGAUGCUCAUUUAUUACCGGCCACCGCAGUUGGGCAGAAAGCCGGUGACGCUAUUAAGAAGUAUUUGGUUUCCGAUGCGAAACCGACGGUGAAGAUUUUUUUUGAGGGAACCAAGGUGGGGAUUCAGCCAUCGCCGGUGGUUGCUGCGUUUAGCUCAAGAGGUCCCAACUCGAUCACGCCACAGAUCCUGAAGCCAGAUCUCAUCGCGCCAGGUGUCAACAUCCUAGCGGGGUGGUCUAAAGCCGUGGGGCCCACCGGGUUGCCCGUUGAUAACAGGCGCGUGGAUUUCAACAUCAUCUCUGGCACCUCCAUGUCGUGCCCUCACGUGAGCGGCUUAGCCGCGCUGAUCAAAUCGGCUCACCCUGAUUGGAGCCCAGCCGCGGUGAGAUCGGCUCUGAUGACAACGGCUUACACAGUUUACAAAACUGGUGAGAAGUUGCAAGACAGCGCAACGGGAAAACCAUCCACGCCGUUCGAUCACGGUUCGGGACACGUGGACCCAGUCGCUGCCCUCAAUCCAGGACUGGUCUACGAUCUAACGGUGGAUGAUUACUUAGGUUUUCUCUGCGCGUUAAACUACUCAGCUGCGGAAAUCAGCACUUUAGCCAAGAGAAAAUUCCAGUGCGACGCGGGCAAGCAGUACAGUGUGACCGACCUCAACUACCCUUCGUUUGCGGUGUUGUUUGAAUCAUCAGGGAGCGUGGUUAAGCACACGAGGACUCUCACUAACGUGGGGCCCGCGGGAACUUACAAAGCUUCCGUGACGUCAGACACUGCGUCCGUUAAAAUCUCGGUAGAACCGCAAGUGUUGAGUUUCAAGGAGAACGAGAAGAAAACGUUCACCGUCACGUUUUCGUCAUCGGGUUCGCCACAGCAUACAGAAAACGCUUUUGGAAGGGUAGAAUGGUCCGAUGGGAAGCACCUGGUUGGAUCCCCAAUUUCGGUUAAUUGGGGUUGAAACUUGAAAAAGGUUGAUGCAAAUUGCAAGGUUCAUCACUCACUCGAAGAGGGGUGUGUCUUGAUUGGCUAGUGAUUAUAGUAUUUAAUAUGUUACUAUUAUUACUACUAUUAAUAAAUUUAACUUUUGUUGCAAACAAAAAUGUUGGGUUUAUUUAUUUAUCCAGCUGGAAAUUGAUGAUAGCUGGGGCCUUAUGCUUGGUUGGUGUUGGUCUGUUUGUUCCCUGGGAGAAAUGUUGCAAAGGGGAAAGAAAUUUUAAAUGGUUGGGCUCAUGUGUUUCUUCUUCCCAGUGUACAGCGUUCUAAUCAUUGAUGAAUAUUAUUUUUCUUAGACCGACCAUCUUGACAUUAAA